GAGUAUUUACUUUGUCAUUUGCCGUAAAUGGUUUUGUGUUGUGACGACGACUUAAAUAAGCGCUGGGAAAGCUUAGACUACGUCUUGUUCAGUUGGGAUGUUUGAAAUAUCUCAGCAUUAAUUUGGCCUUUCUUUAUUUUGGUGAAAUAGGAGUUUCAGUCACGUAAGCCGACUAGAAAUGCAUUUUUCGUGAGGGAUUUGCCACGUCGCCUACAAAUCGUUGGUACUGAUGCUAAUUGAUUCAGUUUCAAAGCAGUUGGACUCUGUUCUCGGAAGUGUGGUUAAAUAAGUAUAGAAAACUGACACGGCAACCACCCGUCUCCCUACGGGGAUGAUAGGACAAGCACGGAUUUAUCGUGCUUUUAAUUGUAUGGCUGAAAUUCCCGUUAUUUUUUUCUUGAUCAGAUAAACAGACCGGCAGGGAUGUUUGUGAACUCAAGCGCUUCAAAUGCGAAAAGGCACUUUAGUAAAUGUGUCCUUGUAACUGGAGGUGCUGGUUUUAUUGGCUCACACGUGGUUGUUGCACUUGUAGAGAAAUACCCAGAAUGGCAGAUUAUCAACUUAGACAAGCUGGAUAAGUGCUCAAGUUUGAAGAAUGUCUCAGCUGUCGAGCACAGCACAAAUUAUAAAUUCGUACAGGGAGAUGUAUGCGAUCUGUAUCUGAUAAAUUGUCUUUUUGAGACUGAAGAUAUUGACAUCGUUUUUCAUUUUGCUGCCCGGUCGCACGUAGAUGACUCCUUCAGGUGUCCCAUGGAGUUCCAGAGUGUUAAUGUGGAGGGAACCCGUGUGCUGCUCCAGGCAGCACACAAGGCUGAGGUCAAACGGUUCAUUUAUGCGAGCACAGACGAGGUGUAUGGGGAAAGCACUGAGCAGGAACAUGAUGAGUUUAGUCCACGGAGACCCACAAAUCCAUACUCUACCUCAAAAGCUGCCGCAGAAUCAGUUGCGCUGUUUUACUGGAACAAAUAUAGGUUUCCUGUAAUAGUGACGAGAAGCAACAAUGUUUAUGGACCAAAUCAGUACCUGGAAAAGGUCAUUCCAAGAUUUAUUUCUCUUCUGGAGCAGAAUAAGAAGUGCACGAUUCAGGGCACAGGCCUCCAGUCCCGGAAUUUCCUGUAUGCAACGGACGCCACUGAGGCCUUCCUCACUGUGCUGGAGAGGGGAGACCCAGGAGAGAUUUACAACGUGGGCUCUGACUUCGAGCUGUCCAUCAUCCAGCUCGCCAGACAGCUGAUUACGCUGAUCCCAUUCACCAGAGACCCUGGUCUAUCCUCUUGUCAGGCAGCAGGAGACUCAGUUCCAGCUCUGUGCUGCAUGUGUAACCUCUCAGGUCACUUUGUUUUUGUCUUUACCCCUGAUAUUGCAAGUUUGCUUUUCUUUUGAAAUUUAUUUUAGAACAAGGGUCGAGUUCAUUUUGUGCAUCACAUGAGUCGACAGCUGUUAUGUUUUUAAUUGUAUCCCUGUAACCCAGAAAUGGACAAGCAGUAUAGAGAAUAAAUAAAUGAAUGAAUGUAUCUAUGUAUCUAUCUCUUGUGUA